CUCAGUCCGCUCUGCUGCCGGCCGACCCGCGCCUCUCUCCGGCCACACGCCCUCCAGACCCGCCGCCUCCCGGGACACACGGAGCAGAAGGUUGAACCGACCGGAGCACGACGCCGCCCCGGACGGAGAGAGGAGAAGAAAAGCCAGUCCUCCGCACUGCAGCAUCUCCUCCUCCUCCACAUCUGUUCAGCCAGAGGAAACACUUUGUGCUCCAUGGAAACAUGUAACGGUCCGUCCGGACGCUGACGCCGGACUCGGAGCGCCUUCAGCCCGCGGACCGUGAGCUGCUCCCCGGGAGGAGAAAAAACACCGGAACACGGAUUAACUGUCUGUUGGAAAGCAGCUUUUCUCUCUAGAGGACGGAGACAAACACCAAAGAUGCUGUCCGAGCUCAGCGACUGGUUCUGGCAGGAGCGGCUCUGGUUCCCGGAGGGUCUGGGCUGGGCCGACCUGGAGGACCGGGAUGGACGGGUCUACGCCAAGGCCCGGGACCUGUGGGUGGCGCUGCCCAUUGCCCUCGUCUUCCUCCUCAUCCGGCAGAUCUUCGAAAGGAUGGUGGCGACUCCCCUGGCGUCUCUCCUGGGGGUGAAGGAGACGGUUCGGCUCAGAGCUCCUCAUAACCCCACCCUGGAGUCCUUCUACUGCAGCGUCACCAAGAACCCCACUCAGUCUUUGGUUUGGAGUCUCUGCAAACAGACCGGCUGCUCAGAGCGUCAGGUGCAGCGAUGGUUCAGGAGACGGAGGAACCAGGACCGGCCCAGUCUGCUCAAGAAGUUCCGGGAGGCCAGUUGGAGAUUUACCUUUUACCUUCUUGCUUUCAUUGCUGGCCUGGCCGCCCUCAUCGAUAAACCUUGGCUGUACGAACUGAAGGAGAUGUGGCAAGGCUUCCCUGUGCUGACUCUGCUGCCGUCCCAGUACUGGUACUACAUGAUCGAGCUGGGUUUCUACGGAUCGCUGCUCUUCAGCGUCGCCUCGGACGUCAAACGCAAAGACUUUAAGGAGCAGAUCGUCCACCAUGUAGCCACCAUCCUCCUCAUCAGCUUCUCCUGGUGCGUGAACUACAUCCGAGCUGGAACUCUCAUCAUGCUAGUGCACGACUCCUCCGACUACUUCCUGGAGUCUGCUAAGAUGUUCAACUACGCCGGCUGGAGGAAUGCCUGUAACUACAUCUUCAUCGUGUUCGCUGCCGUCUUCAUCAUCACUCGCCUCGUCAUCUUCCCCUUCUGGAUCAUCUACUGUACGUGGGUCUACCCGGUCACCAUCUACCAGCCCUUCUUCGGAUACUACUUCUUCAACGGGCUGCUGAUGACGCUGCAGUGUCUCCACAUCUUCUGGGCCGUCCUCAUCAUCCGGAUCGCCGUCCGCUUCCUCACCAACAACGAAAAAGUGGACGACGAACGGAGCGACAAAGACGAGACGGACGAGUCUGAGGAGGAAGAGGACGUGAAGAAGAACGGACCGCUGCAGAACGGACAUGCUGUCCACAACAACAACCACAGCAAGACGGAGUGAAGGACAGCAGGACAGAGGACGAACAAGAGAUGGACUCAACCCUCAUCAGGAGGGACGGACAGAAGGAAUCCUCAGAUAUUUUAGGAAACGUGACACUUUAACACAGAAUCACACACAUGUUGAUUAGAGACACCACUUGGUGGCGUCCUUCGUCACCAGAUCAACCAUCGCCUUUAGUCCCAAACCUUCCAGACAGGACGGAGAGGACGGAGAGGACGAGGGCGACGCUGCUUCUACUUUAGCUUUCAUGUUCUAACUGUGUGCCUUAGAGCCGGAUCACGGCUGCUAAAUUACAAAAGAAGCCAUUUUAAAGCUCUCUGCUGUAAAAUUGUGUUGCUUUAUUCUGUUUUUUGUUGUUAGUUUUUACUAAAAGAACAAAUCGAAGUGAGUUUUAUUGUGAAGACGAGACCACGGGGCAUUUAUUUCCCUAAUUUCCUGUCUAUGCAAUGUGUCAGUGUUGAGCUUAUUGCGAUGUCUUUGCACACAGCGUCUCUUAGAGGAAGUCAUACAGCAGCAGAGUUAGGGUUAGCUCUGGAUGCUCUCCAACGUGGCCUGGACCAUUUAUCAGCUGAUUUUAAGUUUAAUUCAUGGUUCUCAUUUCUGUUCUCUACCAUCCCUGCUUCCACUGAGCCAGAAACUAGAGUGAAUGUGUUUUUUCUUUCUGGUUCAGUAAACGGGGACUCAGUGUGACGUUAACUUUCAAUAUCUGAGUUUAACCUUUAAUAUCUGAGUUAACUACAGGUGUGUUUUCAGACGCUUAUAGUUCUGUCUUCACAUCCCUCGUCAGACAGUGUAACACUACGGCUAGCUGUUAGCAUAUAAUAGCUACAUUUGACUCCAGAAUUUAAAGUACAGAUAUCUGUAACAUCAUUCUCAUCAAUCAAAACCACAGUUAGAGAUCUCUAUGAUCCAGUUUAGUCAGAAUAACAAUUCCAAAUACGACUUUUCAGAUACUUAUAAUACAUUCUUGACGUCCCUCCAUAGAUGUUGUACACUAUGAUUAGCCAUUUUAGCAUUUAAAAGCAACAUUUGAGUCCCUAGAAAUUGAACUUUAGAUAUCUGUAGCAUCAUUUUGACCUGUUGAAGCCACAGUUAGAGAUCUCUGCAAUCCAGUUUAGUCAGAAUAUUGAUUUAUCAGACACUUGUAAUGCAGUCUUGACAUCCCUGAAAACAGCUUAACACAUUGGCUAGCUUUUUUUUUUUAGACAUGUAAUAGCUAAAUUUUACUCUGUAAUUUAAACUACAGAUAUAUAUGACAUCAUUCUGACCAGUCCAAACAAUAUUUACAGAAUAACGGCUGCUAUAUUUGACUUAUCAGACAUUUAUAGUUCAGUCUUGACUUCCCUCGUCAGACAGUGUAACACUACGGCUAGCUGCUUUAGAAAUAGCUGAGUUUGACUGUCUGGAAUUUAAAUCCAGAUAUCUUUAAUGUCAUUUUGGCCUGUCAAAACCACAGUUGUAGAUCUCUGUAAUCCAGGUUAGUCAGAAUAAUGAAUACAGAAACAACUUAUCACACACUUAUCAUGCAGUCUUGAUAUCCUUCGCCAGAUAGCCUAAUGCUACGGCUAGCUGCUUUAGCCUGAUAGACUUCCAGUUUUUAUUCCAGAUAUCUAUAAUCCAGACCAGUUAAACUUCCAGGGAUAGAUCUUUACCAGCUGCAGAUAUGUCAAACGUUAUUUAGACCCUCCAGAAAAACGCGGACAAAAAUAUGCGCGAUUCACCUGCCGUCUGGCCGGGGAGUGAUGUGUCCUCUAAUCAGACACUGGGUCUGCUGUGGGGUUACUGGACUGACAGCCUGUGCUCUGGGAGGGGGAGAAGCUCACAGCAGCACCUGCUGCUUGUUGAAAACAGGAACUGCAGAAUGAGCUGAGUUUUCCUGUUAGUCUCCAAAACGGCAGAAAAAGUCGCUAGAUUUGUGGCUAGUCGCUUUUGACAAAAAAAGUCGCUAGGACGCUUUAGAAAGUUGCUAGAUUUAGCGAGAAACUCGCUAAGUUGACAACACUGGUGCCGCUCUGCAUCAGCUCGUGCUUCUAGUGUGUGUGUGAAUGAACUGAUGACGUCAGGCCGGGCGUCACAUAAAAACUCACAACUCCAUUUAUAUCGGUUAAAGUUUUCUCAUUUUAUGCGGAAAUUGUGAAAUCAAGCGGGACCCGCAUAUUUCUUUUUUUUUCGUGGAAAUGUGAGAUUCUUGCAGGAUUUAUGCGCUGUUUUGCAGGGAUUAUGCGGCCUUUUGGGAAAUAACUGACCCCCGCAUAAUCAGCGGCAUUUUGGUGAUUAAUGCGGGAAUUCAUCCGAUCGCAUAAUCGCGUUUUUCUGGAGGGUCUAGUUAUUAAGUUUGAAAUUGUUUUCUCGUUUAACGUCUGGACUUAAGGUGGGCUGCACAUUUCCAUAAGUCAGUUAGUCUGGAAGAACAUUUCAGAUGACUUUAACCGCCAUGUGUUUCUCAUUAUUACAUCUGUGGACAUCUGCAGCUAAAUUCAGUCUCACAUAUCUACGGUUUUAAUGAUUCUGGUUCUGACUAUGCACUGCCACGAUGUUUGAAAAACUGCGGUGUAAUUUUGACAUAUCUGUAAUUCUAUCCUGAGAUAACGAAAACAUCGUUCUGACCAGUUCAGAAUCAAUUUGAUGAGCUACAAAUGAAAAUGUAGAUCUGAAUUAAACAUAUCUUCAAUAAUGAUGAAUUAAACUGCAAAUAUCCACACUUUCUAUGAUGAUAAAUACAUUAAAGACGGACGUCUGCAGUCCAGUCCAGUUCUUAAAUGUUAGAAGUUUUAAUAAGUAGAAGAAAGGGGCCAAAUGUCUUCAGUUCACUGCCGAACAGCCUUUUCCAGAUUUAAAGUGUUGAUCUAAAUUAAUGAUUUUAGGAAUGAUUCUGUGUAUGAAAUGUUUUAUUUUGAAGGCGAUUUCUUGAUAAAUGUGAGAUGACGAGUGUUUUGUCAGUUUUCUGUUGUCACGCUUUAAAGCUUUUCGUAAGUGCCUUAUCUGUAAUGUGUGGGAAGCUCUCCUGUCCUCGUGUCCUCUCCUUUUCUUUCCUGUUUUCACCUCCAAUCUUCUUCAUCUUCACCUGAAAACUCCACGUCAUUGUCCUCCUCCUCACUGAUCCAUCAUUCACCCUCAUUCCACCUUCUUCUCUACUAAUCUGACCGACCAGCAGACUCUUCCCCGGAGACACAACCAACAGCUGUGUCCUGAUUACAGUGUUAUUUUUCUUUUUUUGUAUUUUUUGUUGAAUGAUGCCUCAGUAUUGUUAUUAAUGAUAAAGACGAUGAAUCACAGUGAAAA